CACAUGCAGCCUCCCCUCUGCCGGGCUACAGGAGACGAAGAAGAACACCCCACUUGACGCAGUUUAAUCAGGCAGCUGCAUUGUCAACAACAGCAGCACCGGGCGAACGAUUUCGUGUCAGCAGGGAUGAUUCUGCUCCCUGCUCCCCACCACCUCCAGCAUCGUCUUCCCCUCCUUCUCCUCACGUCCUCCCAUCUCCUCGUCACCCCCCUCCCGUCCCUCCCACCUCGCCCCCGCCAGCCCUGACUCCUCCUGCCCGGCGGGGAAGGCUGAGUUUCUCCGGAGCCAUGGUGGACGUCAGCAAGUGGCCCUUGUUCUCUCUGCUGAGCACUGAGGAGCUGGCCACAAUCCGACAGGCCUGUGUCUUUGGAACGUCCGCUAACGAAGCCAUCUACAUCACGCAUAGCAGCGAGGUAUUUGCGUUUGGGUUGAACAACAGUAGCUGCCUCGGCACAGGAGACAGUCUGAGCACCAUUGUGCCAAAGAAACUGGACUUCCUGCGGGGGAAAAAGGUCAUCAGCCUGAGCUACGGCAGCGGGCCCCAUAUCCUAUUGGCUACUGAUGAUGGACAGAUGUUUGCUUGGGGGCACAAUGGCUACAGUCAGGUGGGGAAUGGCACCACCAAUCAGGGACUGUCCCCGGUGCUGGUCACCGCUAACCUACAGAACAAGAAAGUGAGAGAAGUGGCGUGUGGCUCGCAUCACUCCAUGGCCCUCACUCACGAUGGAGAGGUCUUUGCAUGGGGUUAUAAUAACUGUGGCCAGAUUGGUUCAGGCUCGACAGCCAACCAGCCCUACCCCAGGAAAGUCACCGGCUGCCUGCAGGGUAAGACUUCAGUGGGCAUCACCUGUGGACAGACCUCCUCCAUGGCUGUGAUCGAGAAUGGAGAGGUUUAUGGCUGGGGCUAUAAUGGUAAUGGUCAGCUGGGUAUUGGUAACAAUGGAAACCAGCUGACACCCUGCCGCCUCACUGGUCUGCAAGGGCUGUGCAUUCAACAGAUUGUGUCCGGCUAUGGCCACUGCCUGGCACUAACAGACGAGGGGCUGUUGUACGCCUGGGGAGCAAACACCUACGGCCAGCUGGGAACUGGCAACAAGAGCAACCACCUCAGCCCCGUUCAGAUCAUGGCUGACAAAGAGAGGGUUGUAGAGGUUGCAGCUUGCCAUUCAACACACACCUCGGCAGCCAAGACGCAAAAUGGACAGGUGUAUAUGUGGGGUCAAUGCAGGGGUCAGUCCAUCGUCAUUCCACACCUCACGCACUUUACCAACACCGACGAUGUCUUCGCCUGCUUCGCCACGCCCUCCGUCAUGUGGAGGCUCAUGUCUGUGGAGCCCGACGACUUCCUGACUGUCGCCGAGGCUCUGAGGAAGGAGUUCGACAGUCCAGAAACGGCCGACCUGAAGUUCAGCGUUGACAGCAAAUACAUUCACGUGCACAAAGCUGUGCUGAAGAUCAGGUGUGAACAUUUCCGGUCCAUGUUUCGCUCCCAGUGGACGGAGGAUCAGCAGGAGGUGAUCGAGAUCGGCCAGUUCUCGUACCCUGUCUACAGGUCCUUCCUGCAGUUUCUCUACACAGACACUGUUGACCUUCCACCGGAGGAUGCCAUUGGCCUGCUGGACCUGGCCACCUCUUACUGUGAAAACCGCCUGAAGCGUCUGUGUCAGCAGAUCAUCAAGAGAGGAAUCACUGUGGACAACGCCUUCACCCUGCUGUCUGCUGCCAUACGAUAUGACGCGGAGGACCUGGAAGUGUUUUGUUUCAGGUUUUGUGUAAACCAUCUGACUCAGGUGACUCAGACUGGAGCCUUCUGGCAGGUGGAUGGAGCGAUGCUCAAGGAGUUUAUCAGCAGAGCGAGCCGCUGUGGAGCCUUCAAGAACUGAGUUUUUGCCGUCUUCUGACAUGUUGUAUGAUUUUUGCUGAUCACAUUCCUAAGAAAAAACAGAGGCCCUUCUUUGAAGUGUUGACUUUUAUAUUUACUGAGGCACGUGUUGGCAUGUUAGCAGCGUCGCUCGCAAGAUGUUGGACUGAAAUUUAAGAUGCAUCAUCUCAUCUGAAUUCAGCACUUUGGCCCAUUCCUGUGGAGUCGCUUGACAAAGUCAUGGCGCCUUUAUUCUGUUGAACUGCAUUGUAAUCUUCACAUGCUGUAUGUUUACUUGAAUUUUUGUUUGUUUUCACAGCCGGCGCACACAUGUCCUGAUCUUACUUCUGAGAAAGUUAACAUGGGAGACAAAGACCCAAGUGCAGAAACUAGUUCAAAGAACAGUCAGUGUUUUUGUGAAUGAACUGAAAGAGAAGGUCUGCUGAAGAAGAUCAGAUAUCUGACCGUAUGACCACUGUGCUGAAAUGCAUCUUUGAGUUACAUUCCAUUUCUAUCAUUUUCAAAUCGUAAUCUUUGUGCUCAGGCAAGUAGCACUUGGAUGUGUUUAAACUUUAAAUCGUUUAAACUGCUGAAUCCUUUGAGUUGAUAACGAGUCCCAUCCAGAGGCUGAAAUAACUGAUGGAGCUCCUGCUGUUGGUUGUUAAGGAUGACUUGGCUUGUUCUUGUAUUUGUUCCUUUAGCUGGAAUACUGUACAUUUUGGAGGCUCAAAACCAUUAAUAUUUACCUUUUUAUACUCAUUUGUUUUCUUUUGGUAUGUUAAUUCUGUCUCACUUAAACUGUUGCUGUAUGGCACUUUAAAAACAAUAUUCACUUAUUUGCAUUGAGUAAACCAGUAAUAAUUCAAAUCAUUUAAGCUACUGCAAGGAACCAUUAUUUGCUGAUUCUGGCGAUGAUAAAACAAAGUAAACUUGAACCACCAGCCUAAAGAGCAGCUUAUCUGCUGAGGCUGUGAGACUCUAUUCAUCCUCAUCAAUCUGCCAUGAAGAAAGUUUUAAUUUUGUGGCGUAUUUAACCUGGAUUAGAUAGAAUCCACUCUGUUAACGGCAUUAAGAAUAAUUUCAGUAAUUAAAGAAAUGGCCAAUUUUCUCACUUGCCGUCUUGUUUACUUAUAUAGGUAACAUGGAGGUGUCAGUAUUACAUUUAGUCUGUCUCAUUACCAUCUAAAUGUUCCUUGUAGUAUGUUGAUGUUUAGCAACAGUUGACAUUUUCAGGCACUUUUACAUUAAUUGCAGCUUUUUUUCCUUCUUUUUAAGUGCACACUAUUUUAAGACUAUUUUUUUUGUUUUGCUUUUUUUUUACUUAUGACUCUGGGAGCUUUUAAUAAGAUUCAUCUGUUUGUGUUUGCUAAUUCUAACAGGGUUCAUGCAGAGAAACAAACAGUAAGCAAGCAACACAGCAAAGCAAAAUGAGUACUUUUUCCUAAAUUCCUUGGUCAUUCUUCACAGUUUGUGCAGGUUUUAUCUGCAUAUACAGUGAAAAUGCAAUGCACUGAAGACACUGCAUGCUAAAACAAUAUGAUCACAAUUUGAUAUGUUCUGUAGCAAUACUUGAGAUGCUUUGUUUUUAUUCUGUUAGCUCGAGCUUACUAUGACCAAAGACUGCCUGCAGGUCCUUGUUUAUGAGAUCAGUUUCUGUUUCUUUUGUCUGUUUUUUUUUAUUUUUUAUUUCUUGAUGCUUGAAAGAACCCUUUUAAUUUGGCUCGGUCUUCAAUAGGAUUUUUGUUCAUUAUACAAGCACAGUUCUGUUCAGGUUGCAAAAUAUUUGCAUAUUCUUUGAGGUUAGGUUUCUGUGGCAGUUAAUGCUUGAGUGGGAUGACAAGCAGGUUUACAGUUUUCCUCUUGCAAGCUGGAAAAAAUGCAAAUGUUUUGCUCACUGUAUUUAGAAAAGAAUAUAUAUUUUUAUUGUGCUUUAAGCUUUAUUUACAAAGGACAAGUUGAUCAAUAUGCUGAUAAUUUGGUUUAAAUUGAACUUUAGCAUAGCGGGCUACUCCAGCAUUACCAUGGUUGGAUUUAUAUGACUGACUUUUUCUCGUCUAUGUCAUUUGACUUUGCCUUUUUUACCUCUAGCAAUGGGAUAUGUUCUGUGAAGAAAUAAAUAAAUAAUUCAAAACCCUU